GCUUGUUUUCUUUAGUUAAAAGUCAUUGUUUAAUUAUUGGCAGGAAAAUACUAUAUUUGCAAUAUUGAGGAACGGGGUGUCAUUUAUAGAUUAAAGCAUAUAUAGGUUAAUUUGUAUGUUAUAGAGUUUCAAUUUUAGCAUUAUUUUAAUGGAAUUAAUUACAAGAAUUAAAUCGUAUAAUCAUUAUGGGAAAUUGCUUGAAGAUAAAUAAUUCAGAUGAUGUAUCACUAUUACGAAGUAGUGAAAACAGUAAUGGACAAGACUUUGAACAAAACGCUUCUACACCAGUGUAUUCUGAGAUCCUUCAGCCUGUUUAUUACCCGUCUCCAUCUGUAAGUCGUCCAGCAUCGAACCUAACAGAAGAGGAACAAGUAAAGAUUGCAAAGCGUAUUGGACUUAUACAGCAUUUACCAAUAGGUACAUACGAUAGUUCAAAAAAAACUAGAGAAUGUGUUAUAUGCAUGAUUGAGUUUUGCGUAAAUGAAGCUGUGCGGUAUCUGCCAUGCAUGCAUAUAUAUCACGUCCGAUGCAUUGAUGACUGGUUAAUGCGAAACCUAGUCUGCCCCAGUUGUAUGGAACCUGUUGAUGCGGCACUAUUAACUAGCUAUGAGACGACAUAACGUUAUGUAUAAUAUAAUAUUUAUCAGCUAUUUAAAAAAAAAA